AUGCUGAAGGUGUAUGUGCAUACCUCUGCCAUUCAUCGCGAGAUACCCGUAUACCACCACAUCUCGCCGCAUAUCGAGACGGCCACAGCCCAUCGUGGGCGCCUCAACAUCCGGCAGCGACUCGACUCCUUCACGGUGGCCGGACCAGACGGCAGACAUCUCGUUCUUGUCCACCAGGCCGCCCAGAUGAGCCUGCGCGACAUGAAACUGGUCUUCUUCCCCAACGGGUUUGAUCCGGCGUUCGUCAGAGGUGCCAUCAUCGAGCUUCUCCAGGCCCUGGAUUUCUUACACAGCCAUGCGCAAGUUGUUCAUACGGGUACAGAGUGGACUUCUCUAUUAUUAUUCUCGUCUGUGUGGAUAAAAAUUGCUUACGUAUUAUUUUCUUGUAUAUAUAUAGAUGUGCACUCUGGAAACAUGCUUCUAGGGCUAUGGGACAAUACAUUGCUUAAAAAUCUCGAAGAUGCAGAACUAAGGGCUCCCGUGGCCCGGAAGCCGGUUUCGGACUCCCGGACGAUCUAUCUAUCGCGUCUGUCCAAGCCAAAGGAGGGCCCCAUGCUCCUAUCCGACUUUGGCGAGGCGAGGCUAGGUCCUGGGCCCCAUCCCGGUGAUAUCAUGCCACUCGAGUACCGGGCCCCCGAAACACUGCUCUACGUGACAUGGAGUUAUCCCGUCGACAUAUGGAGUGUUGGACUCACGGCCUGGGACCUCCUAGGGCUUGAAAGACCAUUUACAGCCAGAGACGUGGAUGGCGGCGUAUACGAUGCCACGCAUUUCGCCCAGCUGAUUGCAGCACUUGGCCCGCCGCCUCCCGAGUUCCUAGCCAAAAACCCAGAAAGAAGAGCCGACUUUUGGGAUGAAAACGGCGAAUGGCUGGGUCUUGCGGAUAUUCCAGAGGGCCGGACCCUGGAGUCGCUCGAGACUCGCCUCGAGACCAGGGACAAGAACGCAUUCCUGCGAUUCGUCCGUAAAGCCCUGACUUGGAUGCCAGAGCAAAGAGCCACCGCGAAGGAGCUUCUCCAGGAUCCGUGGCUGCUGGGAAGCCACAAAGUCGGUUCAUAG